AAGAAAGCGACAGUCGCGGUGACAUUGGCAGUGACAGUGACAGUAAAGUGAUGCGAGGCCUGUUUCUUGUAGGUAUCGCCGGAAUAAACCUCAAUCGUGCCGUUUGGCUCCUCUUUUCCAACCAUUCACUUCCCCUUCGUUUCCUCUUCUCUUUUUUUCGUUUCCCCCUUCUUCCCUUUUUAUUUCUCAGAUCCAAUCAAUCAGCAACGCUAAACUUCGACUCCCGAUCUUUGUUGUUCUCCGUAGCUCCUAGUUAUCUACCGUACAGCUUGCCUUGGCGUCUAAUCAAAGGCUUUCAAAGGUCCACACCAGCUCCAGCCUGGAGCUCUACUCUCCACCAUCAAACUCGCCCGUUGUUACUCUACUUUUGGCACUACCGUGCCAAUUCACAUCACUGCCGAUAACCUCGAACAAUUAUCCAGAGUCCACUUUCGCCUUCUUUUCUUCUUUGCAUAUCCACUCUAGGUUCGCGUCAUCUUAUCAUCUUCGACCGUUGAUCUCGUUCGUAUUCGAUCGUGGGAGCCACAGAGCUCUUCAGUCUCUUCUCCCACAGCCUCAAAGGGGCGUCUCCCUACCUCACUUAUGCAGCUUCUACCCUCGUUUGAUCACCUAAACAUAUCAACACGAUGAAAGCUGCUCCUCUAAUCAUCAAUUGGCAUGACCAGAAUGCCCCCGUUUACUCCGCCCACUUCGAGCCGUCUGGAAAGGGACGUUUAGCCACGGCUGGUGGUGAUAAUCAUAUCAGAAUAUGGAGGGUUCAGGUUGAUGGGGAGGACCGUAAGGUCGAGUACCUUUCAACCCUAUCAAAGCACAACCAAGCCGUUAAUGUUGUUCGUUGGGCGCCCAAGGGCGAGCUUCUAGCCUCUGCGGGCGACGAUGGCAAUGUGAUCCUCUGGGUACCAAGCGAAACACCCCAAACAGCAUUCGGAUCCGAUGCCCCGGAAGAUAAAGAGUCAUGGAGGGCAAAGCAUAUGUGUCGAUCUAGUGGCGCGGAGAUCUAUGACUUAGCCUGGUCUCCUGACGGAGUGUACUUCAUCAUCGGCAGCAUGGAUAAUAUAGCACGAAUCUACAACGCUCAGACAGGAACACUCGUGCGCCAGAUCGCCGAGCACAGCCAUUAUGUGCAGGGCGUCACAUGGGAUCCCCUCAACGAGUACAUCGCGACGCAGUCCUCCGAUCGAUCAGUUCAUAUUUACUCUCUAAAAACCAAGGAUGGGCAAUACACCCUCAGCCAAGACGACAAGACUCCUCGACUUGCCAGCCAUAUCAAGGCCGAUCUUCCUCCUCGGCGAAUCUCCUCGAGCAGUCCUGCUCCUCCCGACUUUGGCCAUCGCUCUUCGCUUGCUGUUCUCGAUUCUGCGCCUUCUAUCGGAUCACCUGUGCCUUCUGCACCCGGCACGCCUACUUCUUUCGCGCUUCCCAUGAACCCUCCCAGCGUCGUUAGCCAUAGCCGUCGAUCUUCGUUCUCUUCUCGGCGAUCUGUAUCGCCAGCGCCAUCUAUGCCUUUGCCGGCCGUCAUGCCUAUGGACCCCUCUCCGAAACCAUCGUCAACGUUGAGCAGCGGGUUGGGAAUGAAGAAUGCGAACCUCUAUGCCAAUGAGACGCUCACGUCCUUUUUCCGACGACUCACAUUUACACCAGAUGGCAGCUUGCUAUUAACUCCAUCGGGACAGUACCAAAACCAACACCAGGCUGAAAGAGACGCGAAACCUACUUAUGAAGUGAUUAACACGGUCUAUAUUUACACGCGUGGUGGUAUUAACAAACCCCCAAUUGCCCAUUUGCCGGGCCACAAGAAGCCCUCGGUCGUGGUAAAAUGUUCUCCUAUAUUCUACACACUGCGACAGUCUCCUCCUGUCACGCGCAAUAUAACCAUUGACACAUCAUCUUCAGAGGAGCCUAUUCCAUCCCUUCCAGAACCUCUUUCGAAGCCAUCCCCAGCUCCUUCUGUCAUGGAUCCACCUCCUCCACCCUCAACCACAUCAGACGCAAAGACAUCGGGUUCAGAUACGGCUUCGGCUACACCAGGCCCAAAGCCUGCCUUUUCCCUGCCUUAUCGCAUGGUCUACGCAGUGGCUACACAAGACUCGGUCCUACUUUACGAUACUCAGCAAAAGACCCCUAUCUGUGUUGUCAGCAAUCUUCAUUGCGCUACCUUUACUGACCUUGCAUGGUCAAGCGAUGGUCUGACUUUAAUGAUCUCGUCUUCUGAUGGAUUCUGCUCAACACUAUCCUUUGCACCUGGAGAACUGGGUGAAGUCUACAAGGGUGAAGUCGGUCCGCCCAAGUCGCAAACAGGGACCUCGUCUAAUCAAAGCACUCCCAUGCCUACCCCAACGACCGCGUUUGCUCCGCCUUCACCCUUUCCUAACGGCUCGCAUCACCACCAUCGCAACUCGGCGAGCUCUUUCACUGCCCCUUCGCCCCCCCCGUCUGCUUCACUUAUUUCUCAACGUCCCUCAUCUCCUGCGAGAUCGAAUUCAACGUCUUCAAUUGCGACUAUCACUACACAGGCCAGCACUGUGCCCGCAGCUGGUGUAGUUACCAAUCCACCUCUGAUUUCUGGCAAUGUUCCAGGCAUUGCAGCAGCAAAUUCUGGCAAGGUGACUGGUGUUCCGCUCACAACACCUCCUGAGACUCCUCGAAGUACCACAGGCAGUGCGGGCACUAAGCGCGAUGCCAGUGAAGGCGAAAAGGAAGACGGCAAGGAGCCCAAGAAGAGGCGAAUUGCUCCGACUCUGGUGGAGCCCAAAAGUUAGGCUUCAAGACGUGCUGAAAGGGGGUAUAAUACUGCUAUUUCAAAAGUAUGUUUUUUCUUUGUUUCUGCAGUGACAGGGUUGGGUGUGAUUCGGUCUUCACAGACAUGUGGAUCCGCGAUUUAGCAAGCAUGGGAUGGCGUUUGAUGAGUCUGGUUGAGACGGAUUGAUUUACAUGGGAUUAUGGCGAGGUGGUCGUCCUGGCCAGUCUACGGGAUAUGAUCUCCGCCAGGUAUCAAGGUAGACGAGCUAUACAGCCAUGCACUCGGAUGGGAAAAUGGGAACGUGGCACAAGCCUAGGUAUUAUGUAGUCUACACAAUAAAUUUUGAUAGUCUGUUCAGACACUGCGCAUGUCUUUUUUUUUUUUUUUUUUUUUUUUUUUCCCGGGGAGUAUCAUUUCAGCACUGGCUUCCAACCUUGACGUUGAAUAAAUUUAUCCACGCCCUCGUCUUGGAGAAUAUCAGCUCCUAGCCGUCCUGUUAAUACACUACGCUCAUGAUCUGGCCCCCGGACGUGGAAUGGGUAUGGCAAGCGUCCAUUGUCGCUCUGUUUGUUUUUGGUCUCCGUACCGUCUUCCAGUUCCCAAACUGAACGGUUCUUGGUUCUUUGUUCCACAAACCCACAAGCCGGGCGAUCAAGUGAAAGAUACCAUCGUCGUUGAUGUACACUACCGAUGGUGUUGGAAGCCCCUGGAUAUGCAUUUGUUCUUCGGACCUCUUCAUCUUCAAGCUCACGUAUCUCACGUUCCAUGGCGGAAAGAUUGUCUGCGUUGGUUCCCGCAUCAGUGUUUGAAGGGACAUCCUCACUUUCAUCACUCUCACUAUCAUCACCACUCGUCUCAGGUUGCGUCUCCGUCUGGGCAUGACGACGUCGUCGUUUCCGAGAUGUUCUUCCGCUCCUUGCUCUGCCGGCCACAUCUUCUGACCUGGUUAAACGAAGGUUCAGGACAUAUGGAUCAGGUAAGCGCGAUCCGUGCAGUCGAAUGCGGAUCUUGCGGUUCUGAAAAGCGGCGUGCAGAAGAGCUUGCUGUGUUGGCGCGAAAGAUGGACCUGGUGAGGACGUUGGAGAGGACGGAUCAGUCGCUGGGGCAUGCUUGCUUUGACGGGGGAGGAUGCUAUAUGUUCCCGUAUCCCAAAUGAGAAGUGAGCCAGUCGAGGUUGAGGCAGUCUCUAUGAGGUGAUUCUGUU